UUCGCAGUUUUAGAUUUAGUACUAAAGUUUGCUGAAAUGGCUUCUGUAUAUAUAAAUGAAAGUUUUACAGGAAAUGACACUAUAAUAGAAGAGGCUGUUGCCAAAGAAACAGAUAUAAAGAGUGAUGUGUUUGAAUCGGUACAGAAAACUAAGGAUUGCGAGGUAUAUCAGGCGUUAGAAAAGAGUAAAACAAAUCAGGAAGUUGACACAAAACGUUUUAAAGUUAUCUCACAGAAGAAAAUGCUAUAUGUUUUUCUGAUUUUCCUGUCGGCUGCAGUCAUCGGGACACUUAUUGGCGUCAUCAUUCUUUUCGCUUCUACUGCUAAAACAGAUGGGAGCUGGGGAAGCUGGCAGAUGUGGGGUAACUGCAGUGUUGAAUGUGGCGGUGGUUUCAGAACAAGGUCAAGGACUUGCUCAAAACCAACACCGUCUCCUUUUGGAAGAUUUUGUCAAGGAAACUCCAUUGAUAUCGAGUCUUGUGAAAGCAAAAACUGUGAUGGGAGCUGGGGAAGCUGGCAGAUGUGGGGUAACUGCAGUGCUGAAUGUGGCGGUGGUUUCAGAACAAGGUCAAGGACUUGCUCAAAACCAACACCGUCUCCUUUUGGAAGAUCCUGUCAAGGAAACUCCAUUGAUAUCGAGUCUUGUGAAAGCAAACACUGUGAUGGAAGCUGGGAUAGCUGGCAGAUGUGGAGUAACUGUAGUGCUGACUGCGGUGCUGGUUUCAGAACAAGGUCAAGGACUUGCACAAAUCCAACAAAAUCUCCUUUUGGCAGAUAUUGUCCAGGACACUCUAUUGAUAUCGAGUCGUGUGUAAAUGAAACUUGUGAAAUUUGUCAGUCUCGACCAUGCCAUGCCGGUAUCUGCAGAUCAAAAGGGGACAAUUUUUAUUGCGCAUGCCUGCCUGGUUAUACAGGACGUUACUGCGAAAAUAUUCUGUCAGAUUGUAUUGAUAUUUUACAUUACGGUGGAGAUAGAGACGGGGUUUAUACAAUCAGAACAUGGAAGAGUCAUCAGCUUAUUAAAGUAUACUGUGAUAUGACAACAGACGGAGGUGGUUGGACGGUGUUUCAGUACCGUUUUAAUGGAUCAGUGGAUUUUAACAGAGGAUUUUCUCAGUAUGAGGAAAGAUUUGGAAAUUUGAAAACUGAAUUUUGGCUGGGUCUGCGGUACAUUGAAGAGUUGGCGAGUCAAGGCCGUACUGACCUGCGGAUCGAUUUAGAAGCAGCAGAUGGAACAACAGGAUUUGAGAAAUUCGACAGGUUCUCCCUAUCCGCCGGACCGGCGUAUACCCUGCAUAUUGGAUCAACUAUAGCUUCUUCAGGAAUUUCAAACGUGCAGAGGGUUGGUCCGUAUCAUAAUGGCAUGCAUUUUUCUACAUACGAUCACGAUGCUGACACUUAUAGCGGCAACUGUGCUGUUAAAUUCUACGGUGGCUGGUGGUAUAAGAAUUGCUUUGUGGCCAAUCUGAAUGGAGAGUACUUCACACCAGGGACAAACAACGCUCAAUCUAUGUGUUACUAUAGCUUCCUAGGUUUAGGUCAAAUUUCCUUGAAAUCCAGCAAGAUGAUGAUGAGAAGAACCUUUACUUCGUACUAAUUAAUAGUGACCUGAACAUUUCGACAUUUUGUUUUCACAUUGACUUCAUUUUCAAUUUUUAUAUUGGAUGUGUGAGUCAUUUGUCACGUCAGUUUCAUUUAUUUCGUCAAGUGUAAAAACGACGAUAUUUUCAAUUUUACUCCGGCCUAAUAACAAAUUUGUAUCGUUGAUAUAAUAAUUUGCAGUGUAUUCUCGUAUGUAAUAAAAGAAAACAUUAUGUUUGCAUCAAGAAAUAUGCACUCAGUCUUUCGCGGAAUAAAAUCGGUUCUGGAAUCGCGCAAUAUUUCUGCUGAAGAACACAUGCAUAUUUCUCGAUUCAAAUUUAAACACCUGUAAAUAUGUAUGACUACGCUAGAUAAGCGGGUGAUUAGAAAUACUGUAUACUUUUUUAAGUUUGUAAAAUUAAAAAUGAAAUGAACCCGAUUACCGUAGUAAUUUCAUAUUUCUAAAAUAAAACAAUAUUUGUAUUCGUAUAAACGUACAGAAACUCUUGAGUAUUACUUGUACACAUGUCCAUUUUAGGAACUAAAACUAUGCUAAUCCUGAAGUUCUCUUACAGUAUAACUUACAUUAAGCGGUGGUCUCUUACAUGUAGCACCACUUGUCUACUUAAACAACAUAUUUUUUUCUUCCUACACACAAAUGGGAACUGGAAACGAGGUCUCCUAAUGCAAGUGGUCUUUAAAAAGACAUGGUCUCACGAACAAGUUUGACUUUAUAUUAGCAUAAUUAAGAAAAUAAUGCCCAAAAGGCGGAUACAGCUAUAAGACCCGUAAAUAAAUAGUAAAAGUUUAUACAACAUUGUAUAAAUAUCAACAUAUUCUAAAAUUCAAAUAGCAUAAAACAGUUGCUUAUUAUGUUAGGAUUAUGAGGCAUUUCUUCAGAAAUUCAAACAUUGUAUCAUUAAAAAAAAAAGAUUUAUUGCAUCUUAUAUUUUGCAAUCGCCCUAUUGAACAUUUACAGAUAUACCCAAAGCAAAUAGAUUAAGUCUGUUAGUCAAAGAAAAUGGUUAGACAAAUUAUACAAACUGCUUAAGGUUCAAUACAGUGUCAGGACAGAUAAAACAUAUUAGAAUGAUAUUGAGUAGUCUGCUUCAACAGAUCGACAUUUUGAAUUAUUAUAUUUAUGACAUUUUUAUUAUGACCAGGCAGUCAUAGGAACAUUUUUCUGUUUAUCUAGGGCAGUCACAAGAAAUUGACUGCAGAAAUAAAUACUGAAUCACCAACUGUUGUCCACUUUUUGCAGAUAUGUGCAUUUUCUAUAUAUUUUUCAGCGAUUUAUGUAUAAACAUGUAUCACAUUUUUAUCUAUGUAAAACUAAAAUGUUUUAACAAUGAUAUUUGAUUUAUAUUGUUAAUAGAUUUAUGGUUUUAUAUAUAUAUAUAUAUAUAAUCUUGAACACUAUGACUGCAGAAAUAAAUACUGAAUCACCAAUUAUUGUAUACUUUGUACAGGUAUGUGCAUUUUUUCUCUAAGAUAUUUUAUUGGUCAGCUAUUUUGUUUUACCAUGUAUCACAUUUUAAGUAAUGUAAAACUAAAAAAGAAAUGUGUAUGGUAAUAAAUUUAUAUUGUAAAUAGAUUUAACGUAUAUUUUCGCUUAUAAGACGCUCUUGCUAAUAAGACACACCCUGACAUCGGACAGUCUCUUGUAGUACACGCUUAUGAGAUGCUCCCUACCCAUUGCAUUGGAAAUAUGACUCCUAAUAAUACGCCUUAUAAGCGAAAAUAUACGGUAUUACUAAAGUAAUGGAUCUUGAAAUUACUGCUUUAGUUUUGAAUUUUCGGUAUAAUCUUACUAGUCAAGCAAAUGUCUAAAUUAAGGUAUCCGUUCCAUAAAUAGAUAAUUUUUUUGCCUUGAGACCCCAUGUGUUUUGGUAUCAUUUGAAAGAGUUGUGCCUGCUGAACACAGAUUAGUAAGUAAGAUGACAACAAUAAUUUGCGCGAAACAUUACAAUCAUGAUUUGACUGCGAAACACUGUAAUUACUGGAACUAAAUAUAAUUAAAUACAAGAAAGUAAGAAAAAAAUAUAACAUAUUUUGUCAUGCAAUUCAUAUUUUCUUUUUAGUUGGCAGUACACUUUCAAAUGAUGCCAAAAUUGUAUGAGCUUACCAGACACCAAUAUAUGGUAUCUUUUAAUAGCUCUGAUAAAUACAAUAUGCUAAUUUGUGUAUCGGAUAGCUUAAACAAUUUUGCCUAAAUGGAAAAAACAACUAAUAUUGUUCACAUAUCCAUAUUCACAGAAUGUUCAUAAUUACCUUUCUUUCAAAUACAAAGUCCCCGUAUUAAACGUAUUAUUCAUUAUUGUAUAAUUGUUAAACAUGUUCAUUCUUGAAACGUUACAUGAUGCUUAUUUUUUGGUGAAGCAAGCUAGUAUGGUCAGCCUGUUCCUUUUUGUUCUAUCCAAUAUAUGUAUGACCUUUUUGCUCUAUCCAAUGUAUGUAUGACUGAUGCUAUUUGCUACAAUAUUGAACAUGUUUAAAUGUAAUAUACAUGAUUGUUAAUUGAUUGUCUUACAGAAUUUAUGAUUUCUUAUAUGAAUGAUGUUUACUGUACACAACAUAUUGACAGUAGAAAUAAAUACUGUAUCUAAAAUUGUUUUUUAAAGCACACAAACCCAAACACAAAAACUCCGUUUCACACACAAUUGUAAAACAUAUAUGAUUGUAUAUGAAAAAUGAAAACACAAUUUAAAACUAAGCAGUGCGGAGUAAUUUCAUAAAAGUGUUGAAUCACAAUGCCAUCAUGCAGUUGUCUCCACUUUUGAUACUAAAAAUAUGGAUA